AUAUUUUAUCACAUUUAGGCCUAAGCCAACUUUUAGCCCUAGCCAAGCCCACUAACAAAAGUACCGAAAUAAUAAAAGUUAAACUUUUUUAUUUUCAGCUGUUUCAUUCGAGUCCCAACUUAUAAAUACUACAAAUGUGACGGCAAAGAUAGCUAAUGCUAGAUCUAGGCAAAUAAAUCUAAUCUAGAAAUCUAGAUCUAGAUCUAGACUAGUUUAUAGAUUUUAGUUAUUGAUGAUGAGAUAUAGAAAUCUAUAUUUGAUUUAGACCUAUACUAUACACUAUUAGUAUUACUUAAACACAAUGUUAAUAUUGUGUAGAUCCAGAAGUAGAAAUUAUUGUAAUAAAGCUAAGAAAAAUUCUGAGACUUCGACCAAGGUGGCGGAUGAUACGACUUUUUUCAAAGCUUACCCUUCAAGCUGGGCCCAAAUCUAGUCACGUUAUGUCAGGGAAAUACUUCUACGCAGUAAAAAGAGGAAGAGUGCCCGGUGUUUAUGCAACUUGGUCUGAAUGUGAAAAGCAAAUCAAAGGCUUUCCCAACCCUGCUUUUAAGAAAUUUUCAACUGAAGCCGACUGCCAUUCAUUUAUCUGUGAUAAUGCAAGUUCAUCUCCAAGUUUUGCUGUCAGUUCUAACGAUGCCAGUGCUACUCCAGCUGAGAUGAGUGGUGCGAGCAUCUCAUCCCUCAUGUCCCAUAUUUACUCGCUGAAGGCAGACAUGAAGACAACAAAGGAAAUGGUGCUGACACUUCAGUCUGGUUUAGCAGAGGUCAGAACCACACUAAAAACAUUAGAGGAAGCUGUCUUCACUGCUCCAGGCAGCAAAAGACAUUACUCUACCAGCUCAGGAGGGGCAAGCUCCAGUUUGGAUGCUAACCAGACAAAACGUCCAAAAUUUGAUUUAAAAGCUGAGCAAUUUACUGGUUCAAGAUUCAGUGAAGCAGAAGGAAUUAAUGUAUAUACUGAUGGAGGCUGCUUUGAUAAUGGCCGGUGUGGUGCAAGAGCUGGGAUAGGUGUCUUUUGGGCUCCAGAUGAUCCUGACAAUGUAAGUGAAAGAUUGCCAGGUCGGCCAACAAAUAACAGGGCAGAAAUUCAUGCAGCUGUACGUGCUGUUCAACUGGCCAAGAAAAAAGGAAUUAAGAAUUUAAUUCUCCACACUGAUAGUCAAUUUUUGAUCAAUGGAAUAACCAAGUGGAUCAAGGGCUGGAAGAGGAAUCAGUGGACCAAGACCACUGGGAGCCCUGUUGUAAACAAGGAGGAUUUUGAGGAACUCGACAAGCAAUUAAAAAAUAUCAAUGUCAAAUGGGUAAGGUUCCAUCUUGAGCUGCAAAGUUUCUUGGCUAUUUUGGGCUGGAAAUCUGAACUAAUCUUUAAAAGGAUACAAAAGUUUGUAAAAGAUGUAGGACAUAUAGGCUGCAGAAUUUAGCAAAUACUUAUUUGUAAGAUUACUUUAAUGGAUGUUUUGUUGCAUUGGAAUUGUAAAAUAUAUCACAUUCAAAUAUUAAUCUCAUGAAAUUAAAUAGAAAAAGUAUUGACUGUCCAUUAUAAAUGUUGAGGACCCUUGUGGCGCUCCAACAGUCCACUUAGAUAGGGGACAGAAUAAUAAAUUUCAAAUCAUCAAUAAAAAGGUUUACGUUGAACAAAUUAAAAUUACCUCCCCUGACAAUUUUAACUGAAUAAUAUUUUAUCAUUUAAACAGUUCUUAUUAAUACUUGAGAAAAAUCUUUAAGGUAAGAAAUGAGUGUUGAUUUUACAGAAUUGCUGAUCAUUUACAUUUCUCAAACUUAAGCAACCAUUCAGCAGAUUAACAAUUGAAUCUUUAAUAGUCAUUUUGCCAACAAUAAUAGCUGAUUACACUAAUUACCACAGAUACAAAGCUGAAUUAUUAAUACCAAAUUAUAAUAAUAAAUACGAGUACUAGUGUCAUCUGAAGGUAUUUAUUGAAUCCCUCAUUCAUAAAACAUUUAAUGUAAAACAUUGAAAUAUGUUUGUCUGCUAAUUGACCAACCUAUCAAAUAAUUUUUAGGAACAUUUCCAGUUUUAACACAUUGUUUGAAGUAAACAGAAUUUUAAAAGUUAAACCAACUUUAUUUACUAUCCUUAUGCAGCUUUUGGUUUUAAUCCAUACCAUCUUAAAAUAUAUGAUGUGUAUGUAUAACUGUUAUCUGUGUGACUUACCUCCAGGUGUAUGUCAGAGGUCACUGUGGAAAUCAGGCCAAUGAAUCUGCUGAUCGGCUGGCCAAAGAAGGUGCUGAGAAAUCUUUAUAAAAAAUUUGCCCAGUUUUUUUGUCAGGUUCAAAAAAACGAAUGAAGUGUGUCAAUGUUUUAAUGAGGUUCAAUAGUUACUGAACAUCAUUAUUAAUGCUGAUCACGUUUUUUGGUCAGCAUAUACUUUUAUAAUUUAUUAAAUGACAAUAAUAAAACUGAAACUUAAAUUUUGUUUUGUAUUACUGUUUAAAGUUGCCCUACUUAUUC